AUGUUCGCGGUGGACGUGCCCUGCAACUCGGCGAGCGCGGAAUAUGUCCGCGCCCUCGCCUCCAGCGGACGACGCGUGGACGACGUGUGGACGUGUGGACGAAGGCCGAAUCCAACAGGUAGAAAAGUUACCAUUGAAGAACAGUACUCAUUUGUAAACGUCCCGCCCAAAGUAGCACCUCUGGGGCAGCAUAGAAGCCGGGUCUGCUGCGGGGUGGCCGGCCAGGUAGAGGCGCGCGGGGAAGGCACGCAGGCAUGUGACAGCGGCGCGGCGGGCGGGAGCGCGUGCGGGGCGUCACGUGGGUGGAGGUGGCGGAGGCGGCGUUCGGCCUUCGGGCCCGCCGCGCCGCGCCGGCCGGCGCGCCUCCAGUGCAGCCCGCGCGGACCAGCCGAGCGGAGCGAAACGAGAGGCGGGCACCGCGUGUUGGGAGAGGCGCGAGCACCGCAACCUCAUCAGAUGGCUGUGCGUUACGUAAUUGGCUCACCGCGCGCUUUGCGACGACUCCGCGCGCGCCGAGCGGUUCGCGCCGCCGCCGCCGCCGCCCCCGCCGCCGCAGUCGCGUCGUUCCGUAUACGAGACAUAACCAAUUUUCUCACUUUUAUUGCUACAUAUGUGCUGGCGAGUGUCACCAAUAAUCGUCCAUGUUUCCGGCAGCGAGUGGUAUUGAUCCAAUAUGUAGAGGAGCAUCUUAGUGUGGCGUCCAACGCCUCCGGCUCUGUGGACCUCUGCAAUGAGAGCGUCGCUUCCCUCCUGCCCGCUCGCGUCCCGACUGCAUCGCUGUAUCGAGAGCCGCACUCGGCCGAGCGACUAACUCGCCCCAUCUCGCGUGACUGCGUCGCCGCCGGUGCCCGGCCCCGCCCGAUCGCCGAGCACCCCUCACGCCCACGCUGCCAGGACCUGCUUUGGAAUCAUGCGACCUGCGGCAGUCGAGCAAUGGCUACCUCCGAUGGCAGACUACCGUCGCGUUACUUUGUCACGUGCCCUGAACUUCUCGACCUUCUAGCUUAUUGA